UCCGCCGUCCGACCGCUGCAUCUCAAUUCUCGCUCUCUACUCUCUUUCUCCGGCCAAAGUCUGUCCUCCAUCCUUGGGAAUUUGAAUUUAUCGAUCCGAAGGUCAAUCUCCAUGAGUUUCUAGAACAACUUCAACCGGAUCGAUUUAAUCUUUUCCUCUCGCUCCUCCGCUUCCGAUCGAUUGAUUUCACACUGAUCAUUGAGCAAUUUAGCUGUUGAGAUGGCGUCAACAGCUGGAGCAACAGGUUGGCUGAGAGGAAAAGUGAAAGCUGUUCCAUCAGGAGACAGUCUGGUGAUAGUUGGGAGCACCAAGGCUGAAAUACCUCCUGAAAAGACGAUCACUUUGUCAUCUUUGAUUGCUCCAAAAUUGGCCCGUAGAGGUAGUGUCGAUGAGCCAUUUGCAUGGGCCAGCAGAGAGUAUCUGAGAAAGCUUUGCAUUGGGAAGGAAGUCACGUUCCGAGUGGAUUACACAGUACCAUCCAUAGGCCGAGAAUUUGGCUCUGUUUUUCUUGGAGAUAAGAAUGUAGCGUUGCUUGUAGUCUCCGAAGGCUGGGCAAAGGUUAGGGAGCAGGGACAACAAAAAGCAGAAGCUAGUCCCUUCUUGGCUGAGUUACAGCAUCUUGAAGAACAAGCCAAGCAGCAGGGUCUUGGUCGUUGGAGCAAGGUACCAGGUGCCGCUGAGGCAUCUAUCAGGAAUUUGCCUCCCUCUGCUAUUGGUGAUCCCAGUAACCUAGAUGCAAUGGGACUCCUUUCUGCAAAUAAGGGGAGGCCAAUGGAAGCCAUUGUGGAGCAGAUUCGUGAUGGAAGCACACUUCGUGUUUAUUUGCUUCCAGAUUUUCGAUUUGUUCAAGUAUUUGUUGCCGGCAUUCAGGCACCAUCUAUGGGAAGAAGAGCUACAGCAGAAGCCGUUGUGGAAAGUGAGAGUGCCUCUGAUGAACAAAAUGGUGAUUCUUCUGCUGAGCCUCGUGCACCCCUAACAUCAGCCCAGAGACUUGCAGCGUCUUCAGCAUCUAUCACUGAAGUUGCGCCUGAUGCAUUUGGGAGAGAAGCUAAACACUUCACUGAAAUUCGUGUGCUGAAUAGAGAUGUUAGGAUUGUCUUGGAGGGUGUUGACAAAUUUAGCAAUUUGAUAGGCUCAGUAUAUUAUCAAGAUGGUGAUUCAGCAAAGGACCUGGCAUUGGAGCUUGUUGAACAUGGUUUAGGCAAAUAUGUUGAGUGGAGUGCAAGCUUAUUGGAGGAUGAUGCCAAGCGGAAGUUGAAGAAUGCAGAACUUCAGGCAAAGAAGGGCCGCUUGAGAUAUUGGACAAAUUAUGUUCCCCCCGCCACAAAUUCAAAGGCAAUCCAUGACCAGAAUUUCACAGGAAAAGUAAUUGAGGUUGUCAGUGGGGAUUGCAUUGUUGUAGCUGAUGAUUCCGUGCCAUAUGGAGAUCCAUCAGCUGAGCGACGAGUCAAUCUCUCUAGUAUCAGGUGUCCGAAAAUAGGGAAUCCUCGUAGGGAUGAGAAACCCGCUCCCUAUGCCAGGGAAGCCAAGGAAUUUCUUAGAACCCGCCUUCUUGGCCGUCAGGUACAUGUUUCAAUGGAGUAUUCCAGGAAGGUGAGCUUGGCAGAGGGACCUGUAGCUCCAGCUCCUGGUGCAGAUUCAAGGGUGAUGGACUUUGGCUCAGUUUUCCUGGUGUCUCCAGUUAAGGAUGGGGAAGAUGCUCCACCUGCUACAUCUGCUGGCGGUCAGCAGGCUGGGGUGAACGUUGCUGAGCUUUUAGUUUCUCGGGGCUUUGCAUCUGUUAUCAGACAUCGGGAUUUCGAGGAAAGAUCAAAUUAUUAUGAUGCCCUUCUCUCUGCUGAAUCUCGUGCUAUUGCUGGAAAGAAGGGUAUCCAUUCUGCCAAGGAUCCUCCCACCAUGCACAUUACAGACCUGCUAACGGCUUCAGCAAAGAAAGCCAGAGACUUCUUGCCAUUUUUGCAAAGGAAUAGGAGGAUGCCUGCUGUGGUGGAGUAUGUCCUGAGUGGUCAUCGGUUUAAACUGCUAAUACCUAAAGAAACAUGCAGCAUUGCAUUCUCCUUUUCUGGAGUCAGAUGCCCAGGUCGUGAUGAGCCUUAUUCAGAUGAAGCCAUUGCACUGAUGAGGCGGAAGAUAAUGCAGAGGGAUGUUGAGAUUGAAGUGGAAACUGUUGAUAGAACCGGGACCUUCCUGGGAUCAUUGUGGGAGUCAAAAACCAACAUGGCUGUAACCCUUUUGGAAGCUGGCUUGGCAAGGCUUCAAACUUCCUUUGGGACCGACCGUAUCCCAGAUUCCCAUCUCCUUGUGCAGGCUGAGCAAUCUGCAAAAAGGCAAAAAUUGAAGAUAUGGGAGAAUUUUGUUGAAGGAGAGGAGGUUUCUAACAAUCCGACUUCCGAAAGAAGACAGAAAGAAGAGUUCAAGGUGACUGUGACUGAAGUUCUUGAAGGCGGUAAAUUUUAUGUUCAGUCAGUUGCUGAUCAGAAAGUAGCAUCUAUUCAGAAACAACUUGCUGCUUUGAAUUUUCAAGAUGCUCCUCUUAUUGGUGCCUUUAAUCCCAAGAAGGGUGAUCUUGUUCUUGCUCAGUUUAGUGCAGAUAACUCCUGGAACCGUGCUUUAAUUGUAAGUGCUCCUCGAGGUCCUGUUGCAUCCCCUAGUGACAAGUUCGAAGUUUUCUAUAUUGAUUACGGAAACCAAGAAGUUGUUCCUUAUAGUCAACUGCGACCCGUUGAUCCUUCUGUAUCCUCUGCACCUGGCCUUGCCCAGCUAUGCUCGCUUGCAUACUUGAAGGUCCCAAGCCUGGAGGAGGAUUACGGGCAAGAAGCAGCUGUGCGCCUGAGUGAACACUUGCUAAGUGCUCCCAAAGAAUUCAAGGCCGUGAUUGAGGACCGAGACCUUUCUGGCGGAAAAGUUAAAGGACAAGGAACCGGAAAUAUCCUUAUGGUUACCUUGGUUGAUACAGAAAGUGACACCAGCAUAAAUGCCAUCAUGUUACAGGAAGGGCUUGCUAGGUUGGAGAAAAGGAGAAGAUGGGAACCAAAAGACAGACAACAGGCCUUGGAUGAAUUGGAAAAGUACCAGACCGAGGCACGGGAGAAACGACUUGGGAUGUGGGAGUAUGGAGAUAUUCAGUCCGAUGAUGAGGACACCGGUCCUCCAAUCAGGAAAGCCGCAGGCAAGCGGUAAGAAACCAGUUUUGUAGCCUGAGUCAAUCUAGAAGGACUAUUGUGCCAGCUACAAGUUACAGGCAUGAAGUGCUAUAAAAAUACAAAAACAUCAGCUGUUAAAGUAGCUUUCAUCUUUCAAUUUUGUAACCGGUUUUAGCGUGAAAAUGUUGUUGGGGAGGAGAGGGGACAAAUUUUGUUUUCCUUUUUUUUUAUUUUUUAAUUUUUCCCAUUUUUUUUUUAACUUAUACACUCUCAAUAAGGCGAACUCCAGCAGAUCGCGUUCUUCUCCUUAUAAGUGUAGCAGAGAUUGUCAAGUUAAUAUUGGACAUAAAUAUUGGCAUACAUCAAUUUUUUGAAUUUCACA